AAGUCUUAUGUUUAUCUUUCUACUUAAAGUUUCUUACUUCCUCGUCUCCCUUCCUUCAUCGAUGCAUUUAUCUAUCCCUCCAUAUUUAAUUACUCACUCCCGUCCUUCGCUUUUUUUCUUCUUUCCAUCAAACCAACGCCGUCAUGUUUUUGUUGUUGUUUUUAGCAAAAAAUACUCGAUGGAAAAGAACUCCUGCGCGAUUUCCGCGACGUAACGAUUGCUAGCCAAUCGGCUCUGAGCUCGCUAAGGACCACAGCCCAGUCACUCGUCAAUACUUUGUCAGACUUCAGCAAAAGAUUGGAAGAACGACGCAUGCAAUUGGAGGAGACGUUUCGGUUCUUUUCUGUAUUCGACAAGGCUGAGACAUGGUACAUCAAGGCAUCAGAGCUCUACAAUUCUUUUAAAGAUUCUUGUCGUCUUCACUCUAAACCCACUUAUCCAUCUUCGCCGCGUGUCUUGAAACGUUACCGACAAAACAUUGCGAACUUUCUUCAUAAUUACCCUCCCCUCACAGAUGACGAACUCAACGUUCUGGUAUCCCUAGGGGAUAGGACACGUGACAUGUUUCUCAGUAAUAAAUCUAGAUUGAUGGCUGCGAAGUGUGAAGAAGUGGCGCGAAAUCUGCGCGCGCCUGAGAGCCAUUUUUCUGAGUAUACGUAUAUUGACGAACGAGAUAGUGGUGUUCAUAGCCUGCAGAACAGUCAGAGGAAAAAAGACGAAAAAAGACCGAUGAAGAUUGACAGCACUUCCUUUAACGGUAGAUAUUUAUCAGAAGAUAAAGCACCUCAGGGGAUUCCUACUGGCUUCAAGAGAAGGCAACUACAUGGCGACUCAGGGGGAGUGGUUGGGGAGUCUAGUCACCAAAUGACAAGAAACGGUAAAGCUCCUCCUGUGCGGCAAUGUGCAUAUGACGAAGACACUUCAUCAAACUCAUCGCAUGAACUGUGUUUCCCACGGCGCGUCAAGUUGGAACCAAGUAACGAAGCAUCUCGUUUGAUAGAAGAGCAAAGGAAGCUAGAAAAUGAGUUAAGAGAAUUGGAAGACAGAAGGGACAUAUUGGGGUCGCCGUUGGAGUACGUCAAGUAUAAUGACCCGCCUCAACAUGCUAGGAUCGGAGAACACUACUCGAGGGAAGAAUCACCCCUCGAUUCAUCUUCAUUUGUUUAUUCUUCACCUCAGUUCAAAAGUGUCAGCUUCAAGGAAGAUUAUUGUACUCCUCUUCGUCAGCCUAAAGAUGUUCGUGGUGUUGGUCCUGCAAGUAAUGGACCUUUUGAUCACAGGAGUGUUAAGGUUUCGGCUAACAAAAGUACCAAUAGCAACGAGUAUUUUAUUCCCCAAAUGGACAAUAGUCCAAAUGGUACUACGAAACUCUUCUAUGCUGGACCAUCUGGGAAAAAGCAUCACCAUUUUGAUGAUAAGUCGAGACAUUCAGUUAAUCAAAGGGUUAUGUUAAGAGGAGAAUUGUUUUCAGACGAUUCGGUUGACAGAGAAGUAGCGGGGUUGCUAGAUGAAGCCCCGCAAACUACCCGAAAAAGGAUGACAAAUGUGCCCCAAGGGGGCGGAGGAAGAACAAAUAUUGCCCCCGUCUCGAUGGGAUUAGAAAAUACUUCAGGAUAUGAGGAAUUGUCCGUCGACCAUCCGGUGGAUAUGAAUGGGUAUCUACCUAGUUUAGUGACUUAUUUACCUAAGGMACGACCAAUCAAAAUCCUUCUUUCGUCGACGUCACCUCAGUAUGACCAAAGUGUGGUAUCGUUAAUGACAGCAGAGGAAAUAAUAAGACAUUAUAGUGAAUUACGCAACCAAGAACGCUACUGGAAAGAACAGAUUCACCUUCACCGGCAGGCACUGGAACAGAUACUCGAACUAGGGACAAGACGGGAUGUUGAAUUACGGUAUUUCCACGCUCAUGAAGAAUUAAACAGGCUAGAGAAAGAGCUGGUUGGUUUUCUGGUCUGCCUAUCGCCUGAGAUGGCGCAGUUGCUGAAGAAUCGAGAACUGGAUUCAAGACAAGCUCAAGAUUAUUUGGUUCAGGAGACUAAUAGAACGUACUCUUACGCUCAUGCGACACCGGAAUCUACAGGUUACCAUAAUGGAAGUGGUUUUGAUGCUGGUGAAUUGUCGGGGAGUUUGCACGGCCUGCUGGGUUGUCACAAUAUUGGAAUACCAGUCAGUCAGGUUUUGCCUUCUUUGCCAGUGAAUAAUGAUGUGGACGCUUCYCUUAUUGGUCAGAUGAUAAGCGACCCUCGAAUAGCUGUGCGACCGAGCAAUGAUGAGCGACAAAGGACUGGCACUACGCUAGGGACAUCUAAUGCUCGCGAUGUCAAUGCUCAGCGGAGAGCAGACAAUAGAAUGCCAUCAAAAGAAGUAUAUCAGAGUGACAAACAAACGCAAACUGCAUUUGAAACGAGUGACAUAAUAAGAGGGAUUGCGUUACAUCAGGAAAGUAACGCUACUGAACAGACUCCAAAUGCAGGAAAAAAUACUGAAAAGAAUGGAAAAGGCAACUUGGAUCAAAAGAAUUCCCUAGAAGGGUUGAGUAGGAACAGUGUUAAACCUGAAGCUCAACCACCCAAUAAACCUGUGCCGUUACCCAGAGAACGUACUACUUCCGGUUUGAAGGAGAAGAAGACAAAAGAACCAAAUGCCUUUGACUUGAAGGAGCUUAAUCAAGAUAGAAAGCUGCCUCAGCCUCUUCCAAGGCGGCAGACCAAGGAAAAUCCAACAGUUUCGAAGCCCAAACAACCAAGCUUCGAUGAUCAUGAGGUAAAGCUUCUUCAGGAAGUGUUUGACCGGGAGCAGAAAGAACUUCAGGAUGUCUUGGAACAAGAACGACAGAAAUACAAAGAAGAACAAAGACGAAUCCAGGAAGAAGAGGAGAAGCAACGUGAUUGGCUGAAGAAGCAAAAGGAGAGGGAACAAGAGCGUCAACAACGCGUACGUGAGAAUCUUGCUGCUAAAGCUAAACAGGCUGAAGAAAGGCAACAGGAAAUGACUCCAAAGCAAUCGAAGGGAAAUACAGAAGAGAUACGAGAGAAACGAAUGCAGUAUUUCAAGUCUCGUACCAAUACCGAAACAAUUGACGAAAACCAGCUGAAGCCAACACCCACACCUAGGACCACACACCCCGGACCUGGGGUACCCCAAAAGGAAAAGGAGACUGGCUCCAAAUCCAAACAAGAUCAAAGUCCUAAUACUAGUUCAUCAUCAGUCGGUAGUAUCCAGGAUAUUGACAUUGAUCAAACUGACUUCAUAAGCGAGGAAAGUCUCAAAUCUACGGAACAAGAGCUUAUUGACUUGAUAAAAGGAAACCAACAAGACGAAUCAGACUCUCUGCAAUAUAAGGAUGCUCCUAUGUCGGAUAGUUCAGAAGAAAUAGAAAGGUUUAGCUCUAGUGGAAGCAACUUAGAUGAAGAUAAACCGCCUGAAUUUAAUAGAGAAAAGAGUACAAAAGAGUCGAGAAAAACACAAGAAUUUACAACCCUUUCCUGUAAGGAAGAGGGAGCUCUUGCAAACAGUGCCUACAAUGAGGAAGGUAAGGACAGUGAUGAAAAGAGAGCUCUUGAAAACGGUACCCACAACGAGGAAGGCGAGGGCAGUGAUGAAGAGGGAGCUCUUGCAAAUAAUGCCUACAAUGAGAAAGGUGAGGACAGUGAUGAAAAGAGAGCUCUUGCAAACAGUACCUACGAUGAGGAAGGGGGUGACAGUGAUGAAGAGGGAGCUCUUGCAAACAGUGCCUACAAUGAGGAAUGUGACGACAGUGUUGAAAAGAGAGCUCUUGCAAAAAGUACCUACGAUGAGAAAGGGGGUGACAGUGAUGAAGAGGGAGCUCUUGCAAACAGUACCUACGAUGAGGAAGGUGACGAGAGUGUUGAAAAGAGAGCUCUUGCAAAAAGUACCUACGAUGAGGAAGGGGAUGAUAGUAUUGAUAAUAAAAGCGCUUCAAUGGAAGAGUUUGAACUCCUUGAACAAAUGUUGAAAGCUGAAAAAAAGUCUAACUUACCGACUCUGAAAGAGAUGUCUUUUGAUGAGACAGACAAUGGUGAUGAUGACAAUGAAGAAAGUAAACAGGAGAAAAAGUAUGAAACUGAAAUAACAACAAUAAAGGCGGAUAAGAUUGAUGUUAAUGUUAGUGGGAAUUCUAUUAGAGAGGUUUCAGAUGGCUGCCAAAACAAGAGUGAAGAAACCCUUGUAUCAAAUGAUAAAAUGCCGUCGAGUGCUCCAACCAAUAUGAAAGACAUUCCCUUUGAUGCUACGAAAGAUGGCUUGCCUCCUAAGUCGUCAACAACUCAAAUUGAAGAAGACGAUUUGCUUGAUCUUGUUGGUGACAGUGACAGCGAAGAAAGCGACGAAGAAGUCGGGACAAUUCGUGAAAAAAAUUCUUGUUCAAGCAGUAUAGAAGAAGAAUCUCCGUCAUCUUUACCGCUUAGUCAUGUCAGGGCUCGACACACUAAUGGUGAGUCUACGCAUGCUCAAUAUGCCACCGCUGGACAUCAAACCCGUGCCGCACCUUUGUCUCCGAUGUCUACGCCUUCAACAGAGCAUCUUGCUGCUUUCGAACGCAGUGGCGGGAAAGUGGUUGUUAUUGACAACGGAUCCGGGUUAUGCAAAGCAGGAUUUUCUACCGACGAAAAACCUCGAGUUGUUUUCCCAUCUGUUGUUGGCCGACCACAAUAUCAGGAGGCAAUGGUCCAUGAUUACCAGGAUAGUUACGUAGGCAAUGCUGCACAGAACAUGCGUGGUGUCUUGACUCUCAACUACCCCAUGGAACACGGUAUUGUUACCAACUGGGACGAUAUGGAGCUGGUUUGGGAGAAUGCAUUCGAUGAGCUACGUGUAUAUUCAUCCGAAUACCCUGUCAUGUUGACCGAGGCUCCUCUCAACCCUAAGAAAAAUAGAGAGCGCAUGCUUCAACUGAUGUUCGAGACAUUCAAUGUGCCUUGUAUGUUUGUCGCUGUACAGGCUGUGAUGGCCUUGUAUGCUUCUGGGCGGACUACAGGCGCUGUAUUUGACUGCGGUGAUGGCGUAAGUCACACAGUACCAGUCUACGAAGGCUACAUGCUACCCCACGCCACUCAGAGAAUGAACCUAGCAGGUAGAGACAUUACUGCGCACUUACAGCGCUUGAUAACAGAGCGAGGCUACUCGUUCAAGACUUCAGCUGAACACCAGAUUAUCAGAGACCUCAAGGAGAAGCUAUGCUACGUGGCUCAAGAUUUUGAUAAAGAAAUUGAGGAGUCUGAGACAAGUGAUAACUGCGAGGCAUUGUAUACUUUACCAGACGGCCACUCAUUGCACAUCGGUAAUGAAAGGUUCCGCGCACCAGAAGCGCUGUUCCAACCCUCUCUCCUCGGACAAGACAUUGACGGUAUUCACGAGUCUAUUUACAAGUGCAUCAAGAAAUGUGACAUCGAUAUAAGAUCUGAUCUUUUCCACAACAUACUGCUGUCAGGAGGCACAACUCUUCUCCCAGGAUUUAGUUCACGCCUUCAUAAAGAAAUGUACACGCUUAUCAACUCACGUGAGCCGAACCUUGUAAGAAUCAUCAAUCCCGAGGAACGGCAGUACUCUGUAUGGUGUGGCAGUGCUGUGUUGGCAGGAUUAUCUACCUUCCCACAGAUGUGUAUUACUUCACAGGAAUAUGACGAACAUGGACCUGAUAUCGUACACCGAAAGUGCUUCUAAUUUCAAAUGAUAUUUUAAUAGAUAAUUAACUACAUAAGAAUAAAUAAUGUGGUAUCAGCAGCAGAAAUAAUAAGAGAAUAAGUGAGUAAAUUAAAGGUUUUCUCGGAGGCCAUGUUGGAGGAACUUAACAAAAGAAUUGUCAAUGAAUUCUUUUGUUAUAUCCUCUAACAUGGCAGCCGUGUCUUUGGUUAUUUUAUUCUCUUGGCGAUGGUUGAAAACCAUCAAUAUGGCCUCAGUACUGCGAGCUGCACGCUGAGUUUUGGCUUUUCGCUGCCGUCAAUCAAAAAUGAUCCCUCAGUACCUUAUCUUUUGUAUUCUUGACUGGUAACCUGCGUCACAUCCGGAAUUUUCUUUCAUUUACAAAGAAAAUUCCGGAUGUGACGCAGGCUAUUGACUGGCGGCAGUAAAAAACGAUUUCACAACAAGCCGUUAAAAUGUCUGAGUUCGCAAAUUAUGGAAAACCGCAGUAAUACUGCUGAAGUCUGGGAAAAAUUACAGGCUGAGAACAGGAUUUGCACCCACUGCAAUACUGUUGCAACACUCUUACCACAUGAGCUAUCUAAGAUCAUCAAAGCCACAGUGGUAGAAUACAGGAGAGGUCAUUUACAUUCUCUGUUUUGAAAUAUAUUCAUAAUAGAGUUAUUUUACUUAUUUUAGCAGUCACACAAAUGGAAAUAAGAUAUACUAUCUUUCAUUUGUCUACUAACUAUUUUACACUAAAACCACUCUAGAGUGAAAGCAUUUAACCCGUGAAAUAAAAAAAUACUAGUCAAAUAGACACAAUAGAAAGCAAUGGAAUUAGGGUCUAUAAAUGUGUAUUAGUCUAACAUCUAUUUCACGGGUUAAAUGACUUUACUCUAUUAGUGAAGUCAUAUAAUUCAAACCAUCAUAAACUGGAAAUCCUAGAUGCUGCCACUCUUUAUAACUACAUUUUAACCUACCAGCCACGCGGUUAGAUUUUUGAAAUGCUUUUGAAAUUUUGGUAGUGGUAAGAUAUAAUAUAUAAAGAUAUAUAAAGAUAUACAGUCAAUGUCAUUAACGUUGUCCACCGAAAAAAGACAUUUACAC